GAAAAUUUUUUAUAUUUAAAGAAAUUUUAUUAUUUAAAAAUUCGAAAGCAAAAUGGGCUGCAAAUCUUCAAAAAAUAAGGGGUAUGAAGAAUUCCUCAAUGGCAAGCCUGACUUUAAGGCAGACAAAGUUAUCAAACAAUUUGAUCACGGGAAUGGUAUUCUAUUCCGGCUUGUUAAUCACAGCAAACAGGAGUGGGCGUACUAUAACGAUUCAAAAGAGUACGAUAUGCACAUCCAGAUCAUAUUCAACCCCGAUUGCGAUAUUAAGGCGCUUGGGGAGACCAAACUGGAGAAACUUGACAGUGGUGAAUACAUGGCAACGGUUGUGGUACUUCCUUUGCAAUGUGAACCGUUUGUAAAGGGACGUGUGAACGGCUUCAAAGCGAAGAUGGAUGCCCAUCUUUCAGCGAACCAGUAGAAUAUCGAAGCAUCCCCGAUAAAUGCCAUGUGAUAUCCAAGGCAAUGAAAAAAAAUAUUAAGAGAAAUAAGGCUAAAUACAUUUGAUAUAUUACUUUUAAAAUAUAGAAUUAGCCAAAUCAAUAUAUAUAAGUGAAUAUUUCUUUAUAUUUUUAUGCACUAUGUGCAUUAGUGUACUGAAUAUACUUUGAGGAAAGGGUAAAGUAGUUUCUUUUUUCCGUUUGGGGUUAAUAAAAGCAAUGUUCAAAUUCAAGGAAAGUAUAUCUUUUGAUAUCGAAAGGUAAAACGCUAUGGUAUUUCCUUUGAAUAUAUAUAUCUAUAUACAUAUCUAUAUAUAUGUAUAUAGAUAUAUAACUUUCCAUGGUCAAAUAUAUGCUAAUACAUAUUUGUGUCUCAGCUCUUAAGUGUUUUUUUUAUCUUCGGUCUUCUCUUUUUUGAUCUACAAGGAAAAAAAUAGCCGAAGGAAUGAGGGAAAUCGCUACAUGUCUGUCUUAUAGAUAAUGAGUAUGUAUUAGGGAAAUCAUUAGAAUCUUCUUCCCAUAUAUGAAAAGGUAAAAGUAUCGUAAAGAUCAGAACUUGUUGUAUUGCACUAUUUUUUUGUUCAUAAAUUGUUUUCAAAAUCAAUAUUAGUUUUAAAAAAACCUGAACGACUGAGGUGCAUACCAACAGUAAAACUUAUAUCGUAUAUAUAUAUGUUUCUAGCGUUUUUUUAAAAUUGCAAUAUUAACCCUCUAUUUUGUUGAGUAGUUAGGAUAUUGAAUAGAUAUUUUCGAUGAUUAUACAGAGA